CUUCUCUCUAUAAGAAACGGUUUAAUCAAAAUACCGGCAUAGCCGCGCUUUCAGACUUUUUCAGUCUUUUCUAUGAUAUAUGUAAAGUGUGAAUAUUCUUUCUUUGAUCAUUUAUAGCCAGAAAGAUGAAGGUAUCAGGAUCUACCGCCAAAGAGAACACCACUGCUGAGGAUAAGAUUAGAGAAUCAUUGCACAUGUUGCAGCCAUCAGCCACAGAUAAAGAAAACCUGGUUGCUGCUGGUAGAAUUCUCAGGUCUGCUAAACAGAGUAAAGAAGCAAAGACUGAAAAUGUUACUUUAAGCAGAACAAAAUCUAAUCUUUCAAUUAAAUCUAAAAAGAUUACAUUUCAAGACAAAGCUGUACAGACUGCUCGGGGAGAAAAGAUAAAAAUUGAAGUUGAGGAUUUAACAUCUACAGCUGGUCCAAGUCAGAACUAUUGGGAAGUCUUGGCUGAAAGACGGCAAAUAGCGCUUGAUGAUGCAUUUGAUGAAAUUAAGACACUGAAAGAUCGCAUACAAGAAAAACAAGAUGAAGUAAAUAAACUAAAAGAACAAAGUGAAAAAUUGAAAGCAGAAAAACUUGUGCAGGAGGAGAUGUUAAAAGAAUCAAGGGCACUUAUUGCAGUACUGGAGGAUAUGAUUGAAAAUGACAGCAAUGGCAUAAAUCAUUCAUUAGAUGAUAGCAUGCCAUGAUAUAAAUAUAAUAUAUACAUAAAUAAUAUAUAACUUCUCAUAUGAUUAACAUAUUAUUAAAUAUUAAUAUUAUAUAUGUACAAUUUUACAAAUAUGACACACCUGGUAAAACAGUAUCAAAGCAA